AUGUUACAACAUCGAAUGCUAUCAAAAGAUGAAGAAGCCGCAGCAGGCACCGAAGACACCGAAGUCCGCCGCGAAGACCAGGACAAAAUCAAUCGAUUCAGUAGACUCCAUCAGCGAGAGACGGUGCUCGAGGAGAGACUGAAAGCGAAGCAAAAAGAUAAAGAAGAUCUCGAAGAAGUUUCCAUGGAAUUAGAGCUGGCGGAUGAAGAUGAACUCGUUCCGUACAAAAUAGGAGAUUCAUUCAUCCAUCUCCCCCUUGAACAAGCGCAGUCACUCCUUUCCACGUCUACAGACGAGAUUGAUAAGGAAGUCUCGCGCCUAGAGGAUACAUUGGGCGAGAUACGCGAGGAACUGAGUGGAUUGAAAGCCGCGCUUUAUGCGCGGUUUGGGAAGGCGAUUAAUUUGGAUGUUUGA